GUUAUUUUGUACAUUCUGUGCCGCCUGUGUAGCUUGAAAAAAGUCCUCAUGUUCAUUUCCCCUCUGGACCUUGACUGGCCGGACCGGUACGUCACGCACAGAGGCAACGCUUGUAUGAAGGCGAAGACCUUGAGUUUGUUUUUGUUGAUGUUGGGAUACUUGCGCUUGCACAUACCAAGGAUGUGACAUCUGUCACUACAAGUCCAACAAAUGGAAGCCCCCCCACUGAGAGCAGAGAGUCCCUGAGGUCAAGAAUCAACAGCCCCACCAUAGGAGUCCUUCCCCUCGGGUUGUCUGCCAACGAUCGCAUCUGCUGCGCUUCCUUAUCAUCUUGUCAAGGUUGCAUCUUCACUGUGUUCAAAAGGCAACUGAGGACAGUGGAUUCCAAAGCUGCAGAAUUCUCCAGACUGAGGGAAAAGUGAGUGAGCCCCCCCUCCCGCUUCCACUGCCUCCAUGCCGGGCAUCAGCUCCUCCGCCGCGACCCGCUAUGACAGCUGGGACAUGGACCACUUGGACCACUACCAGCAUUACUUCUACGACGACCAUCACAACCCAGACGAGGAUUUUUUCAAGUCCACGGCGCCCAGUGAGGACAUAUGGAAAAAAUUUGAGCUGGUGCCCACCCCGCCCAUGUCCCCAAUCCGGGCAGUGGAGGGGUCAGGCAGGUUCGGACUGGUGUGCCCCACACUUGGGGACAAGCUGGAGUGGGUGUCGCAGUUUUUGGGGCAGGAGGAUGAACAGCAGCAGCAACAACAACAGCAGCAACAGCAGGACAUCCCCUGCAAAGUGACCCCGGCCACAGACUCGGUGGGGAACCUGAGCUCCAUCAUCAUCCAGGACUGCAUGUGGAGCGGGUUCUCGGCCGGUCGGCAGCUGGAGAGGGUGGUGGGAGAGCGCUGCCACCCCUGCCAGACCAAGGUGGCCCCGGCUACCACCAAAGUAGUCACCGGAACAUCCCCGGGGAGAGCGCAGGGUCUACCCGCUGACACGCUGCCUCUCGGUUGUUUGGUGGCUGAUUGCGUGGACCCGGCCGCUGUGCUCACCUUCCCAUUGGGCGGAGGCUGCAAGAAGCAAGUGUCUUCUGGGUCCGAGUCCCGCACCAACUCAUCAGAUGAUGAGGACGAUCAAGACGAGGACGAAGAGGAAAUCGACGUGGUGACGGUGGAGCACAAGCAACGCCGCAAACCCCGCCGGCUGGUUAACAGCCGCAAACCUGCGACCAUAACGGUGCGAGCGGACCCUUUGGACCCCUGCAUGAAGCGGUUCCACAUCUCCAUCCAUCAGCAGCAACACAACUACGCCGCCCCCUCGCCAGACACGCUCCCACCGUCGGCGGCGGUACCGCCCCUGCCCCGGAAGAGGGUCCGGCACGAAGCCCCGGCACACCACCAACCGGGUCAGCACUAUCACCAACCCCGCUUUGGCCACGCCCCCUCAAACUUGGACUGCAGGCGGUCUCACACGGCCUGCUCCGAGUCGCCCGAUCCCGGCGCCUCGUCGCCCGCCUCGCCCGCGUCGCCGUCGUCGCCCCAUUGCUCCUCGUCCUCCUCCUCGUCCUCGCCGCCCCACUCCCCGCCGCCACCGCUCUCCAGCCCCCAGUCGUCGGACUGCGAGGACACGGACCGUCGCAAGGCUCACAACUUCCUGGAGCGCAAGCGCCGCAACGACCUGCGCUCGCGCUUCCUGUCGCUGCGGGACGAGAUCCCCGGCUUGGCCGACUGCGCCAAGACGCCCAAGGUGGCCAUCCUGACGCGGGCCACCGAGUACCUGCGACAGCUGCACGCCGGCGAGCGGCAGAAGGCGCAGGAGAGGAAGCAGCUGAAGGCAAAGCAGGCGCAGCUGCUGCAGAGGCUGGCGCAGCUCAAGCGAUCCUGAAAACCAAAUGAAGGACAUUGUAUACGUUUGGGUGGAUGGAUUUUUUUUUUCUUCUUGUUUUGGGUUGUGAUUUGCACAUUUAGCUUCUGAGUGAUUUAGAAGGCCAUACGAGUUAGGAAUAUCGGGCUUUGGAGUGACAUUUCAAAUGCACUGUAAAUGUUCCAAGUGAACUUAAUUUGACCUUUUAAUCGAUCAUCUAAUAAUCCCAAAUGGUUUUUGAUUCGUGCAUUGACAAAUUCAUUUCCAGUAUUGCCUUUUUGUGAUUCUUCCAUUGUCUCAGUGGCAACCUAGAAAAAAAGUAGCUGAAGGUCAAUAAUACAUUUCCUGGUUCAGUAGGAUUUGAUAGUUAAACAGUCUUCAUCAUUUCUGGAUAAAUGAAUCAACAGUACCUUGCCAAUGUCAUCCCUCAAACAUGGGGACUGGAGGAUUCACAGAAAGAUCUUGUUGGGAAUAUUGCCAUUCGGUUACUUUUGAGGGAGAAAACAUUUAUUUGGACUCUUUUGAGAAGGUCAAAUAGACAUGUUAGGUUGAUUCAAAAAGCCAACAUCAUUACGUUAGGGGGGGCUCCAUGUGAUGUCUGAUCCCGACAGACUGAAGGACCACUCCCUGAAAAGUUCACUUAUAUCAGUGCCAUUUUGUGCCAUUCUGCAUACCCCCCCCCCCCCCCUCCGAUAAAUGCUGUCAUCAUUUGUAGUUCAAGUGCAAUUUAUCACUUUUUUGAAUUUAUUUAUGCCACUCCAAACUAAAAUCUGUGCGCCAUGGAAAGCAGCCAAGAAUGAAAACUUCAGUCUAUCAAUUUGUACAUGUUUCUUUUCAUUGGCCGUGGACGCCUCCAGAAAAAGCCUUUCGAAGUUUCCAGGCGAUACACUUAUGUGUACAUAGUAGCCCGUUUCUGUGUGGUCCCCUCUGAACCAAAACCAGAACUGUGUACUAUACUUACCCACCCAUCAAUUUGAAUCAUAAAGCUCACUGGCUUUUUUUUUUUUUUUUCCUUCCAGAGAUAACGCAAAGCUUCUAUUUUUGUUAAUAAAAAGGAAAUAAUAAAACGCAGCGAUGAACAUGGAUCACAUGGAACACUUUGUCACACAACAAUGCCUCCUUGUUUGCGUUUUCUGUGUCUUGGGCUUUAAAAAAAAAAAAAAAGUCAUUUAACAACAAAGUUUGAUACUCUAUUUUCCUACUGAGCUGUGUUCAGUGUGAGCUAGUUUUUGUUACCGUAGCCGACGGGGGCCUUCCUGGUGGUUGUGUGCUGAAUGUGGCCACGUCGUAUUAGUGUGAUUAAAAGCCCCCGGAGCUGUGCCCGCCACCGUCUUGGUGGGAAAGGAAGCUUCUUAAUGAUCCAAUUGUUAUUGCUUUUUGCAUGCUCGUUGCUCCCCGCAGUCCAGAGGUAACUUAAAAUAGCUCCGACUAGCAUGUUCUGUCUUGGCCAGCACUCAGGAAUAGCUUUUGUGGCUUAUAUCUUGUUGUAUGUAACAACCUCAGGAGCCCCCUCCUCCCCCAAACGUAUCUCACUGCUUUUUCACCCCCCCCGUAAAUCAAUUCAGUACCAACCACCAGUUGUCCCACGUUUUCCUUUCUCGAAAGGCCUCAUCACUUAUUUAAAUGUUUUGAUUUGUAUCUGUUGCCAGAUGUUGACGUUGCUAAUACUUUUGCAGUUGGUGAUCGAUGGAGCCUUGUUUCAGCACUUUUGUUUAUUUUCUGUACCUCAUAAGCCUAUAUGUAAGAAAAUCAAUAAAUCGAAAUGUUUGACAUCA